AUGGUAGUAAACGCACCAGAUUCGCCUGUUCAGGCUGAAGUAAUCUUCGUGAUAGAGGUUACGGCAGCGAACGGCGCGUAUAUUGGCGAACUUAAAACAAACUAUAUUAUUCCUACGUUAGAAUAUUUCCAUGGAGGUGCAUUAGAAGAAGGAGGUGGUAACGGAUCAGUGUAUGCGAUAGUUACAUAUAAAACCUCCGACGUCCACCCUGGCAUACCAGUCGGUACCUUCGGCCCUUUCACUUGUCCGCAAACAGUAUUGGAGACCGUUGACAAAAUACAGUUUGUCGGUGGUCACAUAGAAAACAAAGCAUGUAUGACGGAAGCGUUAGCGACUGCACUCGAUUGUUUCGAUGACCUCGGCCGUACUGACUUGCCAAUGCAUUUGCUUCUACUCUGCUGCUCACCACCCUACUCAGCAUAUGGUGGAGGCCUGGUGCCACCUGGUGCACCAGCGACGGUGGAGCAGGCAGCACGUAUGUUGGCAGAACGCGGCGUACAAGUGUCGAUAGCGUCUGCUCGCCGCUUCCAACAACUGCAUGCGUUGUAUGAAAACGCUGGUGGGGAACUACAUCAAGCACAACAGAGGAAUUAUGCUAAGGAUCCCCGGCACUUGGUGUUAUUACGUGGUUAUAGUCUGAAAGAGAGGCCGCCAAGUCCCGCCCCACCUCCAGUCCCUGAUAUACAAGCUGAUGUCUAUGGACAAGGGCGCGGCACAGCAGGGCCGGCUCGUGCGGGGGCCCCGAACUUCCCGCGGCCCACCGUCGCCGCCGCCGCCGGAGUGGGGCCCGUCGGCAAUGUCGCCGGGGUGCCCGGGGUUGCGGGCGUUGGUACGGGCGCGUGCGGGCGCGGCGCGGGUAACUGGCUGGCCCCGCCGCGCGGGCCGCUGUACGCGAACAACUCGGCGCUACUCACGCAGCUCGCGCAGCCCUCGUACCCGCCACCGCCGCCGCCACCCGCGCAGACUGGUCACCAACGUAUGCCUACAAUGGUGACGCCGGGUCCGUCCGGUACUCAGCUACAGCGCUCCUACAUCUGGAGCGGAGUCAUCGAGUGGAUGGAGAAGGGAAAGACUCCGGUAGAUCAGAAAACUACCAAACAUCUACCUUGCCAGGUAUCAGCAAGCACGAAGGACAUAGAGCCUGAGUUGAAGGUGGACACGUGGCCGAGCAAGUUACUGAUGCAGUUGAUGCCCAAGCAGUUGAUCAGUAACAUCGGCGGUCAGUACUUGAAGGAUAGCAAGUCGGUUCUGUUCCACCUGCAGCCCAGUGAAGCUUUGGACUCCUUGACUAAAGUCAUGGUUAACGGCUUUGCGGGUUGUGUUCACUUCUCCCCAAUGCCGACGCCGCCGCAAUGUGACAUCAAAGUACUGAUAUUACUAUACACUCCGGAUAAGAAGGCCUAUUUAGGCUUCAUACCGAACAACCAAGCUACAUUCGUCGAUCGACUUAGAAAAGUGAUUCAACAGCAAAAGAUCAGUCAGAUCAUCAGCAAGCAGCAGUUACCAGCCGCCGUCAGUAACGCUGGAGGGAUGGCACAGAACAUGCCCAACGCCACUAUGGCCGGUUCUGGUGCAAUGCCGACCGCAGGAAUGUCGUCAGGCGGGAUGGGAUCUGGCAUGUCUGCGGGCAUGCAAUCUGUGCCUGUGGGCAAUGUGCCCGGCGUGGGUAACGUGGGCAGUGUGGCCAACGUGGGCAACGUGGGUCCAAUGUCCGGACCUGGACCGAGCCAGGGCAUGGUGCAGUCGCAGAUGCAACAGCACCCACAAGGUAUGAUGAUAGGCGGUUCAAUAGGGCAACAGGUUCAACAGGUUGGAGGGAAAGGUCCUCGCCCAGUUACCCAAUUGGAUGGCCUUGAAGCCGCUCGCCAGCAGAAUUUGGAGAAGAUCCAACAUUUGCAACAAACGUUGGAGGCGGCUCAUCAACAGGAAGCUCAGUUCAAGUCACAGAUGGACAUCAUGUCGCAUCUACACGCAGCCCAGCAGCAGGAACAACACUAUAAACAGCUUGAGGAACAACGCAAGCAUCAGUUGCAGCAACAGCUCCAGCAACAGUUGCGUGGUGCCGGCGGGGCGGCACACCCCCCGCGCAUCAUCAGGCCCCUGCUGCCUUCCAACCCUGGGCUCAGGCAUCUGCUGCAGCAGCAGCCGCAAUACAGACCAGGGGGCGGAGCACCCAGGCCGGCGUCGCAGCCCCAGCAGUUUGAUGACGUGAACAACUACUCCGACUUCAUAUAG